GUCACCGGCGAACGAGUGUGAAUGAGUGAGGACAGCACUGUUUGCGAAUUUCAUAUCAAAAUAGUUCGAACGCAGUACAAUUGUAGCGCUGCACAUGAACGGGUUGUGAAUAGUGACAGAGCCGGCGUAAACAUAAAACGGUUUUUCACCACUCGCUAACCAUGGACGCGGGACCGAAUGAGUUUAGUACGCUACUCGCGAAGAACCGGCAUUCGCGCAGACACGACAGAGAUGGCAGCGUCGGUAGUGCAGAGCUUUUGAGUGAUAUGAUAUCAGAGGAUGCAUCCAUUUCAUCGAGCUCUGACUAUGCGUACCUGCGUAGAUCUGUUGAAUCUGUCGCAUCGAUUACAUCGAGUGAACUGGACGAGUUCAAUUGGCGGCGUUUGCGUUUCUACUUAGUCGAGCCGAUGGUCUUUAUACUACUAUUUGCAUACAAUUUAUCAGAUACAAUUGUGAAAAAUCAGAUAAUUUAUCAAACAUGCACUUCCAUAUUCUUUUUCAAUGAGACGGAUUGUCGCCAAUUGGGCACUAAAAAUGCCAGUGAGCAUAUCAAGUACAUCGAGACCACAGUUCAACCAUAUUCAGCGCGGAUUUUCAUGACGUCCUCAAUAAUAGAGAGUCUGGUGCCAGCAUUUUGUGGGGUUUUUAUCGGAGCCUGGUCGGAUCAUUUUGGCCGUAAGCCACUUUUGAUUACAGCGUACAGUGGGUACGCACUCUAUUAUGCAAUAGCAACGAUAAUUGCACAACUUGCGACAACAUAUCCCGUUAGUCCGUGGUAUUAUCUGUUGGCGGUAUGUCCACUCGCAUUGAUCGGUGGCAGUGUAACAUACUCCGUGGCCACGUUUUGUUACAUUUCAGAUGUCUCCAGUGCGCAGGAGCGACCAUAUCGCAUGGCAACGUAUGAAGUCGCUGUAAUCUUCGGACUCAUGAUGGGCUCCUUUACAUCGGGUUACCUUUACGAAGCCACAAAUGCUUCCUUCGUUUUUCUAACAUCAUGCUGUUGCAUUUUUGUUGCCACUUGCAUUAUACUCUGUUUCAUACCAGAAAGUUUGAAUAGACGACGCUUUCAAUUCAUACAAUCUGUCAAUGAAGUGGAUGAGGAUCAGGACUUGAUUGAGUCCACUGCGGAUGCAGGGGAGCUGGUGAGAUUAUUCGAUCUAGCGGCUGUGAGGGAAAUGUGGCAAACUUGCUUCAAGCCUCGGGAGUACAACGAUCGCGCUAUUGUCUGUUUGGCGAUGGUCGCGUACUCAAUUUCCGUGUUUGUGAUAGAUGGCUCAAUGACGGUUUUUUACUUAUUCAUACGCGAGAUAUUUCAUUGGUCCAUUAAGGAUUUUACAACCUUUGAAACGAUCAGUAUGCUCGUAUCUACCGUGGGCAAUAUAUUGGGUGUCAUUAUAUUGAAAAGAAUUCUCAAAUUAUCUAUUGUGCAUGUGGGCAUUUUAGCCUUCAUCAGUGAGUCUAUGGGCAGUUGCGCGAGAGCUUUUGCUGAUACAAAUUGGAUAAUGUAUUUGUCGGUCGGCUUGGGCGCUCUGAAAGCAAUGGCCCAUCCAAUGUGUCGAACGAUCGCAUCGAAUGUGUUGCCAACGAAUGAAUUGGGGAAAUUUUUUUCAUUUUACGGUUGCUUACAAGCUUUUCUGCCAUUUAUUGCCUCACCAAUAUACACUGGCAUUUACAGCAUAACGCUUACAAGCUUUCCAGGAUUUUAUAAUUUGUUAAAUGCUAAUUUAUUUAUAGUUGCUAUUGCUUUUCUGCUCUUAAUUUUACGAAAGAAACGCGAAUUCUCCGCGCGUUACGAGGAGCGAUUUUGAAAUGGAGUCUUCCAGCUUCUGUGACUGUUCAUGAAGUAGUGUCACGAAUAUUUCUCUACUUGAAUAUUUUUUAAUUGUUGUCAUAUAUUUUAUAUUAAUAAAUACAUGUUUGUAAAUCUUUUAAUGUUAA